GACACGAAUGAGGAUCACCAUCCCAUUUGACGAGAGAAGCUCAGAAGCAGAAACUAUCUAAUACUUCCUGAGGAUUCGAAUUCUGUCCAAGAAGCCAUCCUCUCUCUAGAAUAGCUUUGUAAGCCGUCUAAGAAGCCAUCCACUUUCUAAGAGCACAGAAACGAACCGGCAAGAGCCACGCAAUGCGAUGGAUCUCCAGCAGGCGGCAGUGAAAGUAAGAAUCUUCAUUCAUCUGAGACUGAAAACACGCGAAACAGGAAAUACCGGCUCCUCGCGGCUUCCGUAUUACGGAAUACAAAGCAAAGAUGGCCGCGCCCUGGACUCGGGGCGUCAGCGGGUCAUGUGACUAUACGACUUCCGGUCCUCCUCCGGUUUUCCCCAGCCGGACGCUCUCCUGCAGAAGUGCGUGCUGGGGCUUAACGGGUUUCGAUGCCGCAGGAGGCCGCAGGAGGCCGCAGGAGGCCUGGCCUGGGGCGGCUCUGAUUUGAGACUGCGGCCGCAGGAGCAUGGAGGGUCCCCUAGAAAGGGAGGCGCCCGCGGCGGCGCUGGCCGCCGUGUUGAAGCACAGCUCGGCUCUGCCGUCCGAGAGCGCCCAGGUCCGGGGCUACGACUUCAACCGCGGCGUGGACUACCGCGCACUGCUGGAGGCCUUCGGCACCACUGGUUUCCAGGCUACCAACUUCGGGCGCGCGGUGCAGCAAGUCAACGCUAUGAUUGAGAAGAAACUGGAGCCGCUGUCGCAGGAUGAAGACCAGCAUGCAGACCUGACCCAGAGCUGCCGCCCACUCACCGGCUGCACCAUUUUUCUUGGCUACACAUCGAACCUCAUCAGUUCAGGCAUCCGGGAGACCAUCCGUUACCUCGUGCAGCACAACAUGGUGGACGUCUUGGUGACCACGGCUGGGGGUGUGGAGGAGGAUCUCAUCAAGUGCCUGGCACCUACAUACCUGGGCGAGUUCAGCCUCAGGGGGAAGGAGCUACGUGAGAAUGGGAUCAACAGGAUUGGAAACCUGCUGGUGCCCAAUGACAAUUACUGCAAGUUUGAGGACUGGCUGAUGCCCAUUCUGGACCAGAUGGUGCUGGAGCAGAACACAGAGGGCGUGAAGUGGACACCUUCCAAGAUGAUCGCUCGGCUUGGCAAGGAGAUAAACAACCCAGAGUCAGUGUAUUACUGGGCCCAGAAGAACCACAUCCCUGUGUUAAGCCCAGCACUCACAGAUGGCUCGCUGGGUGACAUGAUCUUCUUCCAUUCCUAUAAGAACCCAGGCUUGGUCCUGGACAUCGUUGAAGACCUGAGGCUCAUCAAUACACAGGCCAUCUUCGCCAAGCGCUCUGGGAUGAUCAUUCUGGGCGGUGGCAUGGUCAAGCACCACAUCGCCAAUGCCAACCUCAUGCGGAACGGGGCUGACUAUGCCGUCUACAUCAACACGGCCCAGGAGUUUGAUGGCUCUGACUCUGGUGCCCGGCCAGACGAAGCUGUCUCUUGGGGCAAGAUCCGGGUGGACGCACAGCCUGUCAAGGUCUAUGCAGAUGCCUCCCUGGUCUUCCCGCUGCUUGUGGCUGAAACCUUUGCCCAGAAGGUAGAUGCCUUCACACCUGAGAAGAACGAGGACUGAACACUGGAUGGCUUCAGCCUCACUCCCUCCUCUAUUUAUUAGUGUGCAGACCCAGCCUCUCCCUACUCCUUGGUCAGCAGGAAGUCUAGAAUAAAGGGUUUCAGUGGUCCUUCUCA